AUGACAACAUGGUGGCCAUGCAGUUACUUGUCCAGGGGAGGAUGUGGGGAUAUUUUGUUCCUGACUGUUAAUCAAGACUGGUCAGGGAUGGCUGAUACAACAGAGGUGCCAAGAGUGGUAAAGUUCCAAGAUGUGAGGCCGUCGCCAGAUCCAAUACACGAGUACACGGCCUUCUCUGAAGACAUCCCUAUUAUCAUUGAUAAUGGGUCGUUUCAGUGCCGUGCGGGCUGGGCGACUUCACAGCAGCCCGAGCUCAUCUUCAGAAAUGUCACAGCGAAACAACGAGGUAAAAAGGAUUCUGAAGUGCAGAUAGGCAAUGAAAUCAACAAUAUCGAGGUCUUACGCUGGCUUUUGAGGUCACAGUUUGACAGGAAUGUUGUCACACAGUAUGAUGUUCAGGAGCUGAUCUUUGAUUAUGUGUUUAGUCACCUGGAUAUCAAUACUGAGGGCUGUGUGGAUCACCCUGUGGUUCUAACAGAGCCUGUGUGUAACCCAAACUACUGCAGACAGCAGAUGUCAGAAUUGUUGUUCGAGUGUUACCACGUGCCUGAAGUCGCAUACGGAGUUGACGCCAUGUUCAGUCUGUACAACAACCAUCCUGCUCCAGACUCAGCGAAUGCUCUGAUUGUGUCAUGUGGAUACCAAACCACGCAUCUAUUACCAGUGUUGAAUGGGGCGUUACACUCACAGCGUUGUCGUCGUGUCAAUCUUGGUGGGGCACAGCUUGACCUCUUCAUGCAGAAGCUACUCCAGCUGAAACAUCCAGGUCAUUUUACUGCGAUAACUCUGAGCAGGGCAGAGGAGCUGGUACAGACCUACACGCAUAUGGCCAAGGCUUACAUCGAGGAGCUGGAAAUGUGGUCAGAUGUGGACCAUUAUGAGGAUAAUGUUACCAAAGUACAGCUUCCAUUUACACAGAUUCCUGGUACUCAGACUAAUUCAGACCAACAAAAAGACCGCAGAGAGCAACAGAUUCGCAGAUUGAAAGAACUUAAUGUGAAGAAGAGGCAAGAAAAGCUAGUAGCAGAUGAAGCCAAAGUUCAAGAGUUACUCAGUGUUCAAGAACUGCUAGAGGAUGAAGAUGAAGAUGCCUUCAAUAAAGCCUUACAGAAUCUGGGAUAUGACUCAGUGAUGGAACUGGAAGCUGACAUCAAUCGACUCACCGCAAACAUACAGAGGAUCAAACAGAAACUAUCGGGGGUUGAGGUACCACCUGAAGAACCAGAGGUGAAGGAAGAGCCCGUGUAUGACCUGCUGGAUAUUCCAGAUGAUCAGCUGACAACCGAACAAAUUGCCACGAAGAAACGACAGAAAAUUCUCAAGAGUGCCAGAGAAGGGCGAGCGAGGGCAAAGGCUCUUCAGAAAGCCAAGAGAGAAAAGGAGCUGGAAGAAGAAAGGAAGUUAGAGCAGAGACGACUGACAGAUUUUAAUGGUUGGUUGCAGGAAGUUCGACAGAAACGACAGAAAAUCAUGGACGCGCGUCAGAUUCGGAAGACGCGCAAAGCGCAGAUGUCCAAGAGGCACACGUAUGCGUCCCAGCAAAGGAUGAAGAUGAUUACGCAGCUGGCUGAAAGUGGUAAACGGAGUAACAAAAAGAAGGAGGACACCUUUGGGCAAAAUGAUGCAGACUGGGAUGUUUACAAGAAAAUUAACCCAAAUGGUGAGGACAGUGAUUCUGAGGCUGAGGAAGAGACGCUGGAGGAGCUGGAGACUUUGCUUAGAGAGUACGACCCAGAGUUCCAGAAAGAGCUGGAGUUGAAUGCCAACCCAAUGGGAGAGAUUGACCUGGCGGAGUAUUACCGUCUCCAUGUAGCUGUGGAGAAAAUCAGGGUGCCAGAGUUGCUGAUGCAGCCGUCUAUGACAGGAAUGGAACAGGCAGGAGUAGCAGAGACCAUGGAAUUCCUUUUGAAGCAGUUUGAUCCCCAGAAACAAAACCUGCUUUCACAGUAUGUCUUCCUGACAGGAGGCCCGUCCUCUUUCCCCGGCUUCAAGGAUCGUCUGGAGAUAGAGCUACUGGCCAUGCGGCCUUUCCAGUCCACCUUUGCAGUGUACACUGCUAAAAAUCCACAACUGGAUGCUUGGAUGGGAGCAAAACGUUGGGCGAUGUCAUCAACCCGCAGUCAAAACAGCAUCAGUCGAGCAGAGUACCUGGAAAAAGGCGGAGAGUAUCUGAAGGAACAUGUUACGUCCAAUAGGUUUAUACCCACACCUGUGCUGACAGGCUGA